AAAUCAGUAUCAAAUGUAAAAACAAAAAAAUUACUAAAAUAUCAAACGAUCAAAAUAAUAAUAAUUUGAAAAUCUGUACAAUUAUUUAAUCUGAUACACAACACUGAUAUGAGUUGUGUGAUAUAUAAUAUUGCUGCAGUUAUGCAGCACACAUGGGUUUACGGGUUUAUUACUGUGCUUGGUUGUAGCCUGGCCAUAUUCUACAAUAUUACACAUUUACACAUUAAUACAUUACAGAUUGUUUGAUGGCCCUGGACCCGUAAGACAUCAGAUUUGGCCAUAAAAUUGAGCAGAACUCCUUUUUUUAACAAUGAGCUACAUCCUUUUGUCUCUCUGCACUGCUCUUUGAUAGAUUGGCUGCCACCCCAGUUCUGGGAUCUGGCAAUUGAAGCUAUUAACAAUGGGACAGUAAUGAAAAACAAACUGAAAAGAACAAGUCUGUUUCUUUUAUCAUGCAAGCAACAGUUUCCGCGUUAGACAAGCAUCAAACGGUCUAUAAAGCAGAUUGAGGCGGCUCAUUUUUGAAAGGCAAUCACUGCAAACACACAACAGCAUAUACUGUAUGUUGGCAGAGCAGGUAGCUUACAGCCUUUCAUCAGAUUCCAUAAAUGUGAUAGAAAGACAAAUUAAUUAGGCCAACCAACUGAAAUGAUUUCACAUAAACACAGUUAAUUAAACACAAUUUCUAUUAAUGUCCUAAUCAACAGGGCUGACACCAUUUAACAGUUUUAUUCUCAUAUGAAUCCUUUCUCUAACUGCCAUUUGUCACCAGUCUGGCCUCAGGACCAGAGAACAAAUACACAGAGAUGACGAGAUGACAGGAUAUUUGAAUUCUCAACAGUAUUUACCUUUUUUAAUUGUUUUAAACUCACUCCCUCAUAAAAACUCUUUACCGGAAAGACAUUGACUACCAGUCUAUUUUUUCGACUAAGAAGGAUCUGUCAUUCCACAGAGGACUAUAUUGAUAAAGCGUAGACAUGAAAGAGAGUGCAAAAAAACAAAAGACAUUUGCUGUUACAUGUAGUACUCGACACUCAGUCCAUUCCUCUGCCAUACGAUCGUUUUUUAAAAAACACUGGCACAUCUUAAAGUCUGACCCUGAACUUUCAUCUAACUUUGGAGAUCCACCUCUUUUUGUUAUGAAAAGGGGGGGAAAUAUAAGGUUUCACUUGGUCUGCGCCAAUUCUGAGUACAAGAUUAGGUCUAAUCAAGAGAUACAGACACGUUUACACCCGCUUCCAAAGGGCAACUACCACUGCGGCAGUUGCACACAGUGCAAUAAUACUAUAAAAAUGCAUCAUUUUUCCCAACCCCACACAGGCAAAACAUUACCCAUUAACAGUGUCAUCAUUUGUGCAUCCACAAACGUAAUCCACAUGAUACGCUGUCCCUGUGGUCUUUCUUAUGUUGAGAAAACAAUUAGAAAACUUAAACAAAGGAUUAGUGAGCACAAAAGUACUAUACAUAGAAACGAUCAGCUUUAUCCUAUUGCUGUGCACUUCAGUGAUGCUCACCGUGACAUCGCUUCACUAUGGUUCCGUGGCAACAGGUCACCCUACCACUCAGGGGCAGUGACUGUGAUUGGCUCCAAGGGGACUUGACAGUGAAUUCCUGCUUAACAUUUUUCUCGUGAUUCUGAACAUUUUUGCACAUUUAUUGUCUGCAUAUGCUUUGCUACUUAAUGAUUCACCUGAGGAUUUCCCUGUCCAGCCCUAAACAUUCCUGGAUAUGUAUGAAUAUGCACAUAUAUUAUUAGGACCAUUAAGUAUUGUGUCCUGUUGAUUGUGACCAUUUACAUAUGAAUGCACUGAUGCCGCUAGUUAUUCUUGAGGCCUUGAUGUUUUUGUUGCACCUAUAUAAUAAUAAAGGAAUUUUUUUAGGCAACAUUCAGGGUGAUGAUUUUUUUCACUUUGUAUUUUUUUCUAUAAAUUUCAUUGUUAUUUAACCUUAAAUUAUUGAAGUAUGAUAUUAUUGUUUUUUGAAUCUAUUGUGGGGUCAAAUGUUGUGUUUUCAUUAUAUUUCCUCGAUUUAUCUAUUGAUGUAUAAGGUACUAGCAAGAUCUGAGAACAUAUCUGUCAAUGAAUGCAUUUUAUUACAUUUUUUGGUGUACAUUCAUGAUACAUCCAUCUAGUGUAGAUCACUCUGGAACGAUAUAGUAUUGUUACCACAGAGAGACUCAUAUGGAAGCUUAGUCUGGAUCUUUAGUAAUGGAAAUGUGACUGAAUGUUUUGUAAUGGCUGCAUUAUUUUGUGAGGGAGUGGGUGAUUGGUGUAGACAAACAAGUCACCUCCUACAAAAGAUGGCUUCUCAGUAUGUAACACUAUUUGCCCGAUGAAGGUCUCGCACCGAAACGUUGUGUCAGUACUUUUUUUUUUGCAAGUUGGACAGUGUGCGAGAGUUUUCUUUGCAAAUUGCCUUAAACCCAAAGUCCUGCAAAACCAGAUCCCCACAACUGACUCGACAAGUAGUGGCAGAAGUACUCAAACCUCAACUUAAGUAAAAGUACCAACGCAACAACGUAAAAUGACUUAAGUACGAAAGUAUUGUCAACAAUUGUACUUCAGUAUCAAGAGUAAAAGUACUCAUUGUAUAGAAAGAUGUCCCCUGUGACUGACUAGCUGGUCAUGGUGGAACUGGUUUCAACUACUGUAUGUACAGGGAAGUAGUUUAGUCGUUCCCAAGGGGUUGCCGCCUCUAAGGGUCACAAAAUAAAUCGUGGGUGGGAGGAGGUUGGACAUGACCACAAAGCUUCAGCAGGCCAACCCCAUUUAUAUCCAAUUGCAGGGUUGACUGUAUGUAGUAAUGUGAAAUUUUAACAUGUUGCCAACAGAAGCUUUUAUUGUUACUAGCCCUUCAGAUGGUGUAAGGCAUCACUGUUGUACUUUGUUUUAGUAUUUUCCAUCUCUCUCUCUCUCUCUCUCUCUCUCUCUCUCUCUCUCUCUUUGGCCCUUACUGUCUGCCAAAGCUAUGCCCAUGAGUGAGUGAAAAGGCCACUAGCCCGUCUGCAGUUUACAGUGUGUGAGAGAAAAGUGAUCAGAGUGAUAGUGACUUCCACCAUGAUAAAACUGGGUCAAUGUAACCCCCACCCCCUCCACCACAGGCAAGGCUGAAAAAGGAAAAAAAAGAUGAGGAUACCAUCACCAGACUCUGUGCGUGGGUAUAAGCAUGGGGACACUGGAGCGUGGUUUGCUUUCUCUAUGGGUCGGUAUCUGUGUUGUGUUGGGACUGAAGGCAUCCCCAGAUUAUUUUGACAUGAUCCUUCCUCCCCUGUAGUCUGUGGUUUACAGUGUCACGUUAUAAUCUGACCCCAUGUAUGUUCUCUCCACCCACGUUGUUUCUGUCAGCCAGUGUUGUCUUCAGUGUCUGUUCCUCCGUUUUCCACUUUCAACUUUUUGGUCUUCCACUCUGAGAGUUUCUUGGCUGGAAUGGCUUUUAAAAUGAAAAUCCACCAUAACAAACACUGUUUUAAAACAACUAUAUGAGAUGUAUGUCACAAUUAUAGUCUAGUUUGUUGUGAGGUUGAUGCAUCUCCAGCUUAGCUAUUGCUGAGUGUAAAGUGUUUUGUCAAAAUGACCAAAAAAUGUCUCACUUACGCUAGUGGUAUAUAGAAAUGCAUAUAGAUUGAUUUACUUGUCUAGGUUUUGAGAUGUCUGUCUCUGAAAUGUCUGCCCCGCAAUGGAGGUGUAGACAAUGGAGAAUAUGAUGUCAACUGUUUCCAUUGUGACUAUAUCUUCAGUAGAAAGUAGUUCCAAUAAAAAGCAUUCACUGUGAGAUCUUUGAAGAUGCUGCUGUUGAAGGUAAUUGCUUACUUCAUGCUCACUUCAUACCAACAUCAACAGAAUAACAAACAGACUGCAUAGUUGUCAAGUCUGCAGUAAAAUGCAACACUUUUCUUUUCUGGACUUGGAAAUCUCUUGUUCUAGUUGAACUCUGUUUGAGCUUAAUGCUAACAUCAGCAUGCCAGCAUCCUCCUAACCAACCUGUAUAGCCGCCCCUACAGCCAUGCCGCUAGUGUGGCAAAAAGUAAAUUAAAGUACUUCAUCAACCAAACAACUCCUGGAUGCGCUGAACAUUUCUGAUUGAUGUUAUUUAACAGUGUGUGUAUCAGAGGGUGGAUUUUCACUUUAAUAAUAUUUCAUGUUAACGUUUAAGAGCAGCCUUUAUAAUGAAUGUACCAAGUCAAAAGUCUGGUAGUAACUGUACCAACCUUUUAUUAAUAGCAUUAAUCAUAAAGGCAAUUUAAUGAUACAAAAAAAUUCUUCUUAUGUGUUUUAUUACAAAGUGUAUAUUUAUAAGCUACAGCCAGUUGAAUUGUUUUUGCUGUGUCAUGGUGAGAAAGCUUUGUAUUCAGCUGAAUUGUAUUGUUGUGUAUGUGGUGACCUUCUGUUUAUACCAUGGCCUGGACAAAUGCUAAUUUCUAAUUGGCCCAAAGGAUUCGGUUAAUUUAGUUUAUUCCAGAGGCAGAGGAUGAACAGGCUGGGUGGCUGGGAGCAGGAAGUGUUUCAUUUCAGGUAAUCACAUGGCUCUCCAGCAUUAAGCAGUCUUUAAAGUGAAGAAUCCCACUGAGCCAUUGGCUCAGUCUCCAUGUUGUCCUGUUGCAAAACAGUGCAAAGACAGCUAUAUGAUUUUGGUCGAAUUUAAGUACUGCUUAAAAAUAAUCUGUGCAUAUCACAGGAGCAUUCACAUACAUGGGCUUCUUCUUCAGCCCCAAGGCAAUCAUGACAAAUCAUCCAUUGCCAGUUGUUUUGUUUUUUUACAGGCUUGGGCAUCAUUACAUAGUGCAGCUAUGUUUUACAGUAUAUUUUUACCAUCAGCCAUGACUUGGCUUGGCUUGGCUUAUUAUUUCAUGUGACUGAGGACUCAUCAGAGGGAGGAAGGUUGUUGAAGCUUAUUUGAUGCAGCUUUUGUAACUGAGCUUUUAAAAAGCCUCAAUGCCAUCAGGAUUAUCAGGGAUUAUUUGCUGCAAACAGCAAACAGGUACACACUCUUGUACCUUUGAAUUUGGAAUUUUAUACCCUAAUGGUCGUGAUAUUACUGGGAAACAGUUUAAAUUUGAAUGUCAAACUCCUAUGAAUAUAGAUGAGCGUUAAAUGCCCGGCAAGUGGCCCUGGUAUAAGCAGGUAACAGACUGAUGUGCAUGUUUAAAUGGAUUUGGGGGGGGGGGAGUAAUCACAACAGUGUAAUCCUUUCAAAUCAAACAUGCACCUCAGUGGGUAUUCUGUUUAUAUAAUUUCUCCUUUCAUUUGCAGCAGAUGUGAAAGGAAAAUAUGUGUGACAUGUUAAUGGUCAAAACUGAGAUGGUGGUUGUUGGUUUUGUAUUUGUUCCUGGUAUGUUUUGGUAUGCUAAUGACACCUUAGAGAUGACUUGCAAAAAUAUGCAAAACAUAAGAAUCUAUUGUUGUUAUCAACAUGUGUUGUCAUUCCUGUGGUGGAUUUGGGGUUUUACUUUACAUUUCACAAAUAAUUAUUUUUAAAUGUAAUCAAUCACACAAUAUUCUAAACAUGAUAUGAUAAACAUACGAUAUCAAUAGAAAAAAACAAUUAUGCUCACAAUUAUGUGUAUGUGCUGUCUAACAGCAUGUGCUGUUUGUCUAAACUUAUGGAAGGUAAAGUGUGCCCCACAUCUUCAGUGUUUGUUAAAUUAUAGUAAUUUCCUGACUACUCUCUUCCUGUCUCUCUCUCCCUCUUCACUGGACAGCUUUGCAUAAACCCAGAUGCCUCCCCUCCCUCUUGAUGAGCGCAUAGUGGUCAUUCAGCGCCCUAAAAACUUAACCCUGUGUGACGCUUCCCCACAAGCCAUCCCACAUCACUCCUCUCAAAUAUCAGCCUCUUCCAAUGGACAAGUCACUCACCCUUCUCAGUCCCAUUUCUAUUCACCCGCCUGUAAAUCUGUGACUCUGGGAUGCAAGCGCAGAUCCUCCCGUGCGCAGAAAUUCAAGGCCGACCAGCCUGUCAUCCCAGCGGGUGUCAGACACAUCCCUAGCCACUGCCAUAGCAAUGGCACUGUAACACUCGGCCCACGGCUGCCCUCCCACACACAUACUAUUGAUAUCAGGCUGACAGUGGACAAGGGAGGACGAGGAGUAUUAAGCAACUCAUUAGGGCGCAGCGGAAGUGUAAAAGGUGGUCAGCAAAAUGUCUCUUUACAGUUGGAUCAAGGACAGUAUGAGAGAAAAACUGGAACUGCAGGGAGACCAGGUGUAGCCGAACAAAAGUCACAGCGAAGUCGCCAUAGUCAGCUGUCAUCUUCCCCCGGAGGCGUCUUACAGUUCGUCCCCGCUCAGGCGCAGCAGCAUAGGUUCAGGAGUGAAAAGGAAAAUGCUAGUUUUCUUAACAGAAGUGACCAGGAAUUCCCCUCUUUAAGUCACAAGAAGAAUUCCAAACUGGGAACUGUCCAUCAAAGCCAUAAUAGUCAAGGUCUGCCCUACCACCACAACUCCGUCCCUGUGCCCCAUGCCGCCAUCCUAAACUCCAGCUAUCCCUCGUCUCCUCCCUCCCAAUCCGCCCAUGUCCCAAUAUCAUUUCAGCAACUCAACCAGCCGCACCCAUCCCGCACCAGGGAUCACCGCCCUCACAUUCUUCACGCUCUCCCUGUCUCCCCCUGCUCUUCCAAUAUCGGAGGGUUUCCCAGCCCUGACCAUACCUGCACCAUCGACUGCGCCCACCCAUUCAGUUGUGGCUGUUGGAGGUUGGUAAGAUGCAGAGGAUUUAAGGGACACUCUGAUAGCUGCCAAGGAGGUGGAGGAAGCUCUUCCACCUCGUUUUCCUGUGUUCACAAUGUCGGAGCAGUGAAGAGAGGAGGCAAAGACAUGGGCCUAAGAAAUCUGGGUGGGUGUCUCUCCACCACGUCCACCUCCAACACCUCCUCUUCUAACAGCACUGUGUCUGAUUGCCGAGCAAACUUGUUCAAACCUCUCCGCUGUGCCUCCUGUUCUGCUGAGGCUGGAAACUUCGAGAGUCCUGCUUUCCUUCGCAAAAAACUGGUAGGGGGAUGUCUGCCCUGUACCCCGCUAUCGUCCUCUGCCCCUCUCCGGGCGAUACAGAGCUGUGUCACAGGCUGCAACCCCAAAGCCUCUCAGACAGGCAGCUCCACCUGCAGCUACUGCAGCAGCGACCCCAUAGUGGUGACAUUCAACCCCCGCCGAGGCAAACCCCCAGGAAGAGGCAUCGGAGCUGCUCAUCCAAUGGGUAUGUUCCAAGCCGAUGAUGAUGACUACAGCGUACGUACGAUCUGGCCUGAAGAACUGGCCAAGAAGAUGACCCAUUCUAAAGCCCAAAAGAAUCACUGUGCAGGGAUGGGAAUAGGAGUUGGGAAGACCUGUGCAAGCCAGGCCCAAAAUGGCAGUACCGGAACAGGCCUUGUCCCCCUAGACUGUCAAAAACUCCAGGAAUAUGUGCAGCCUCAGCUAACAGACCAUGCAGGCCGACGGCGGCUUCAGCAGGGGAAAAUGGCUGCCCUUGAUUUUAUGGGCUACAAGUCAGGAUCUGGGUAUGACAAUGGCCGGAACUCACUGAAGAGGCUCUUGAAUAAAGCCGAAGAUGUAGGAAUGGGCAAUGGUCCUGAGGAAGACGGAGAUGUAGCAUAUCCAUGUUCCCCCUCUCCCCGCUCUGCCUCCCCACCGACACCAGUGUCCUUUUCGCCUCCACCGUCCGCCCCUAGCACACUGAUCAAACCCAAACCCUGGCAGAGAGACAGGGAGGGAGGAUAUUCUCUGCCGUCGGCUCAGUCACUUCACCUGGCCCUCAAUUCCCUGAACAGAGAACAAGAUGAGGAGAACAGCAGAAUGCACCUUUCUCUGCCGCUCUCCUCUUCGUUACCGGCUUCUCUGUCAGAUGAGACCGUGAUGACACCUGAUGCAGAGAACGCCGUCGUCAGUCCCAUCUUGCCUUUCUUGUUUCUGGGGAACGAGAGAGACGCCGAGGACCUGGACCUGCUGCUGCGCCUCAACAUCGGCUACGUGGUCAACGUGACCACACACCUGCCUCUCUACCACGUCAGCUCUGGGCUGCGCUACAAAAGGCUGCCAGCCACCGAUAACAGCAAGCAAAACCUUCGACAAUACUUUGAGGAGGUUUUUGAGUUCAUUGAGGAGGCAUAUCAGAGUGGACAGGGAGUGUUGGUACACUGCCAGGCAGGCGUGUCCCGUUCUGCAACCAUUGUCAUCGCCUACCUUAUGAAGCAUACCCUCAUGACAAUGACAGAUGCCUACAAAUAUGUGCGGAGCCGUCGUCCAGUGGUGUCACCGAAUCUAAACUUCAUGGGCCAGCUUUUGGAGUUCGAGAGGGACCUCAACUCUGGGGUGACUCCUCGUAUCCUGAUGCCUAAACUUAACGGUGUGGAGACGCAGGUGUGAGAACGGUCAGGGGUCAGGAGUGUGUAAAAUGAGACAAACUAGAGGGAUUAAAUGGCAUUAAUGAUGAUCACUGAAAGUGUGGCACAUUUUGGAAGAGAAACCUAAUAUAGAAAUAUUACAAUUUGAAACUGGUGGCGUGUUUGGUAAUUAGUGCACUUUUAAUACUGUGAAAUGUGAGAAAAAAGACAGGAUGCUACAUUUGUUUAAGAAAUAACUCUUAGACAACAUGAUCAUCAUCCAGUAUUCUGUUUGUAAGGUAAUGUGCCAAUAUUUUGUAUGGGCUUAACAUCACUUUAAGAUAUCUCAUGUCUUUUUUUCUGAUGUUUCUUCCUUUAUGUUCCCAUCGUUUACAGCCACACAUAGAAAAACAGUGACUUUGUUGCCAUUAAUCAUAAAUGCAUUCAGAGUAUGAACGCAGACAUUGAAAGGGUUCACUGGUGAUGUCUGGUCAAGUCCUACUUCAUCUACAACACCACUUUGAUGUUUCCACCACAUGUAGCAACACACAGGUUAUUACAAUGCACUUUACUUCCCAUGGAUUUGUUUCAUUAUCACCAACUUAAUUCUCACAAGGAUGAGAAGAAUUUGUCACACAGACCUCAGUCACUGUUUUUGGUUAAGAGUAUCAUGUCUAUGAGGUUUUUUUUCCUAUUUGAGAACUGUGAAAUAGAGCGGCAUGGCACCUAAUAGGUAGCAUUGAGUAGCAUUAAUCUGGGAAACGUAUCGCAAAAGGGACUAACAGCUUGUGGAAAUGCAUAAGAAUGGUUUUAUUUCAGUGAAGUCGCCUGUAUAAUAGCAAAAUAAAGUUUUGCAAGUCUGAAAUGAUGCUGUGCACUGAAAACAUCUCAUGGGUGAUGCACUCACAGGGUUGGAGUAACAAAUAAGUACAGCUGUCAGUGACAAUAUUAAGUGUCAGUGUUAAUGUUAACACUGCAUAUCCAUUCUAAUAUACAGGUUAAUACACUGAAAUAAGCUCAUUAGAAACACAUUUACUACAAAGCUGAAACCACAACUCAACUGUACUUUCAGAGAUUUUUUAUGCACACUAUGAUUUACAGUAUAUUUGACUGGAGAUGUGGGUUGGCAGGACUUGUCCUGCUGGAAUAAUGUGCUUUAAAACAGACCUUUUCCAACUGUGCACUAUUUAUUUUGUGGUUGAUUCAUAAGAGAAAUGCAUUAUUUUUAUUAAUUUUAUACAAUGUAAAAAAAAAACAUUCUUGUUUGGUGUUUAGCAUGAAACAGUCUUGUCAUGGUGCACGGACAGAUAUUUCUAAAAAAGCAAAGAGCACACCAUAGUUUGAUUUAUUGGAGAAGACCCAGUAACAGGGAAGAGGCAACAAUUUACAUCCCGCUUAACCAGUCUGGUUGGUAACAUAGAGCCCACAUAUUCAAUAUGUGUUGUGGUGGAAAAACUGUGCAAAACUAUAAGCUUUUAUUUUGUCAUUUUUGAUCGCCGAUCUUGGCUUGCUUUUCUUGUUUUAACAUCCUGUGGCAGCUAACAAGAGUUGCCACAUGUACCAAUUUGAAAAAAUGUAUUGUUUCACAGCUUACAAUGUCUUCCCUAAAGUCAUGAUCACUCUUACAGCCAAAUCUACUUUAUAGUUAGUUUUUUGUGAAGGAGUCAAAAAACAUCACUGUUUUCUUAGAGAUGGUGAUGUCUUAGUUGCUUAGUCGAUGUCCGUUGUUACUCCCUAACUGUUCUUUUGCCUUAUUGUUGUCUUUACUGAAUUUCUCAAUUGUGUCCCUUAUGACUAUGCAUUAUUUUUAUUAUGAAGGCUUUGGUUGGAUUAGAGAAGGAUACUUGAUUCACUGUAAACUCCUCCAUAACUGAAUUGUUAUGGUCGGAGUCCUUUUCAGUACACAUUCAAUUAAACUUUUAUGUCCUGUAAAGUGACUCUGCUGGUUUAGGAUAGCAAAAACAUCACUGGACAUUAAAGUGGGGCCUUUUAAGGUAUUUUCAUAUUACAGAACAGUUACAAAACAUCUCAUAAAUCAGUUAUAAUGUACAAAGUCAGUGCAGAUUUCCUUCAGUGUUGUGUAGUUCUUAAAUUUGGGUCUAAAACAAUGUGAUAUAAACGGAGUAUAUCGAGCGUUGACUUGCAGGAUUUUCAAAGCAUCACAGCUCCAUAUUAUAUCAGUUAAUUUACUUUCUGGAAAGAAGCAGUGAUUAGUUGAAAACUGGUGUUUUCUAAACUGUUAGCCAACACUUGGAAUUAUUUUGCACAUUUUCUAAACUGAUGCCAUACACAUUUUUUGAUAACAUGCUAUUAAUGUAUACAGUGAAAUACACAAUUUGUGCUAGCAUCAAUUGUUAACCUGAGUCACAUGUGACAUACUUGUAAAGAAAGAUUAAAUUACUUUUUGCAAGGAUGUAGGUAGAGGAGACACUUGUGAUGUUAUUAUUUUUAUUUAUUUGUGUUGUGUUCUCCUAUGAAUAAAUGCUUGUGCAGUGUGGCAGGGAUGCUGGGGCACUCUCAUAGUGCACAGAUUCAGCACACGUCUAUGAGUGACCAUUUGACAACACAUUAAAGAGGGAAUGUGCAAUACUAGCUCGUGUGUCCACAAAAACCCAAACAAAUUGAAAUAUAAAUUGAGUAUAUGUGACCGAAUAUAAAAGUUUACACCUGAGGUAAGAGUUCAAAAGCUUUGUUAGUUUUUUGUUUUUAUUCGUGUAAUAUUUUAACCAGAUUCCAGUUGCCCCUUUUCUAGAUUUCAACUUAACAAAAAUGCCCUGUUUCAAGUUUCUACAACCAAAAUGCCUUCAGUUCAGCCUUGUGUAAUUUGGUCCUCUGGUGUUGUCAUCAUAAAUAUGACUUUGUAAAAUGAUCCUGAAUUUUGCUUGUUGGAUUUAUUUUCUGGCUAAAUGACUUUGAUAUAGGCUAUAUAUUUUUCUACAGUCAAUUUUCUUCAUCAUGUUAGGUAUACACAUAUAGUGUAACUGUGUAUUUACAGUUUUAUACAUGAAUCUUUGUUUUGUAUGAAAGGCCUUUUCGGGCAGAAUGACAUCUUCCAGCAGAGACAGUAAGGAUCUUCAGCCGUGCUUUGCGUUGCAGUAUUACAGUUUCAUUGUUAUCAGACCUCAUUAAACGUGGGUCAACAUACCGUAUUCCUGUUUUUACCUCUCGCCUUUAUUUUAGCUGGAGAGACCUCAACCAAACAUGCUGUUCACUCCUCCAGUCUCUCCAGCUCAGCUCACAGUAGGUGUAGUAUUAACCUUUGAAGAAGGGCCUGUAGCUAUAGCUCCUUGAUUUUUAUACAGACUUUAUAUGCAAGAUGGCUGUCGAAGCAAUUUCCACGCUUGAUGGACUUGCUGUGCAGUUGAGUCAAUGCUGACCUCGUCGUUUGUACUCAAGAGACACGUCGAAGGACAAUGAACAUUUUCUCUUUAAUUCAUAUAAAUUGAAGGGCCAGUGUCUCUGUGAGUGUCAGUGUGUGUACAAAUCGUCUGUGUUUUGCACUUGAAAAGAGGAAGGUUGUUACAGUAUGUGUGAUAGUUUUUUGAGAACACUGUAUAUCCGUGCAUAGCUUAUUUGUGGGAACUUAAUUAUUCCUGUUUGUACUUUAUUGCUCAUUUUGAAACAUUGUGUUACUUCCUGUACCAAAUAUUGAAUUUAAGGAUCUUGAUUCAUAGCAAUGAUGACGAUGAGCGGAUUCGAGAAAAAAAGCAGAUCACCUCCUUCCUUCCUAACGGGGGUAAGAACUCUUCAGGUAUGACUAUCAUUGUAAUGCUGUGCUGUUUCACCCUGCCACCCGCCUCCUCCAGAGACCCAAAAACUCAUGUUAUCUAACCUGUGAUGCUCUUCUGUCACCCUCUUCCUUUUCAUAAUGGAUUGUUUCUCUUAAGCAAAUGUAAUAUUUUCAUAUUGUAGUAACUGGUACUUGUAUUUAGACAAUGUUUUUACCUUCAUGCACUGUGACUAAUACAAUGCUGCUAUAUCACAAAGACUUUUAUUUGUAUGUCACAUUUAGCUGAUGCAAAGUGGUGAAUAUCGCUAGAGGUGACUGAUACAAAAUGGGCUUGAAUAAGGAAUCCCUGCUCGCAUUGUUCCAGUUUAAUCCAUGCUUCAUUUGUACACUGCCUCAGUGCAGAGUACACAACCUCAGACAGCCCUUUUCCACCAAAUCAGCUCUGGUUCUUGGAACCUUGGUGCUAUCUAGUGAACCAGCCCGAGUUUCCACCAGUUUUGAGCAGAACCACUGUAGUCAGGGAUGCAUCAGUGGAGGGCGUUGCACAAUGCACAGCAACCUAUAGAAUAUGACACGCCCACUUCGGUUUGCCUUUCAGCUCAAGGAAAACCUGCUAUUUUUUGGGGUUCCAGCUGAGAACCAACUUUUUCAAGUUCCAACCCAAUUUAUUUUUGGUUAAAAUUCUCCGAACGGUUCAAAAUUAGGUGUACCAACCAAAACGGAGCCGGUUCCAUGUUGGUGGAAAAGGCCUGCAAGAGACUUUGUGCACAACCGUAGGAUCUGUAGCUGUUCCUGUUGGUCUUCCUUUACGAGCAUGAUAGAAAGAAAAGAGACUGUAAAAUGUAGCAGUAAAAUCAUUUUUAAUCUCUUUGCUCACUGUGGUUCAAUAAAACUGUGAUGUUGCUUUUUCUGCAACAGUGUUCAUUUUGGCCAAGAUUUUGUCUGGGUUCGGUUAUAGAUUUAUGGUUGAACUUAGUUACAGUAUGUGAGAUAUGUCCAACGUAUUUGACACCAAUCUAGACUGUGUCCUCAAAUUAAUUAAAAACUGUCGAGUUAAAACAUAAAUCCUGUAACUGAAAUUUUGACACAGUGCAUUUUUGUAUCACAUGUUGCUAUGUAUAGUCAAAGUGCAUUUACUCUGCGGUGUUGACGUGCAGCAUAUUAAGAGUUUUAAUUCAUGAUUUGAGUGAAAUUAAACACAUCCUUGAAAAUGACAUAAACACAGGAUGAAACACAGAUUUCAAAAUUAUUAUAAUAAUUUUUUUAGGCAUGCUAGCGGCAUACACACCUCUCAAAAAUGUAGGCUACACAACCAGAGAUAUGUUUCUGUUAAGUGAAUUUUACUGUGCACAUUAACGUUAUUGUGUUACAGAUCUGCACUUUUAACAGGCAUUCACAACCUGGAUAUGUUUUAGUUGCAGGAUUUCUGUUGACUUUAGCUCCAUAAAAUAAAACUGCUUGUCAUGACAGUUUUUUGACAGGUCAAGGAAGCAACAAUCUGCCAGCAGUAAUUCCUCAGUGUAAAUGGCAAAAAA